AUGCCUUCCGCACAUGAAGAAAGAAAAGAGAAACCUUGGCUCGAGUGCCAUUUUAAUGAUAUUAAUCAAACAUCUAUUAAGAAACCUCAUGAAUUUGGAAUUAGUCAACAAGAUUGUGCUCCGUUGUCAACUAUUAGUGAUGAUGUAGUGGAUCGUACUCGAGGUUCGAUUUUUGGUUUAGCCGUUGGUGAUGCUCUUGGCGCCCAUGUUGAAUUCAGGCCUCAUAAUUAUAUGGUUGCUAAUCCAGUCAAGGAUCUCGUAGGAGGAGGAACAUGGGGUCUGGAAAAGGGACAGUUCACCGACGAUACAUCUAUGGCGCUUUGUUUAGCGAAUUCUUUAAUUGCUUGUCAAGGUUUUGUAGCAUAUGAUCAAUUGGUUCGUUAUAAGUGGUGGUAUCGACAUGGCUACAUGUCAUCGACUGGCCAUUGCUUCGACAUUGGUGCAAAUACCAGAGAAUCCAUCGAAGAAUUUGAAAAGCGUCAAAGCAACUUUGCACGUGAGCAUAACAUUGCUUUAAAUCAAAUAGACCAGUUAUCCGAUCUCAAUCUUCUUCAUGAAUUCAAGGUCGAAUGCAGCCAUGCAGGCGUGGCUGGCAAUGGGGCGCUGAUGCGUCUUGCACCUGUACCAAUAUUCUUCUUUAGACAUCCAAAAAUGGCUGUUGAAUAUUCAGGCUUUAGUGGCAAGAUCACCCAUGGCGAUGACAAAGCUUAUGACGCUUGUCGCUAUUACGGAGCUCUCAUUGUGGCUGCCAUUAAUGGUGAACAGAAAAAUGAACUAACUAGUAAAAGCUUUUACGAUAAUCAUUCAGAAUGGUUUGGGGGUCGAACUCUUCACCCUGACAUCAUGGUGAUUGUUCAAGGAUCGUACCAAAAACCAGGUGGUUAUCAGGAUGGAAUUCGAGGAAAAGGAUACAUUGUCAAUGCUCUAGAAGCGGCUUUGUGGGCUUUUUGGAGUGAUGAAAAUUCGUUCGAGAACGGUGUACUUAAUGCAGUUAAUCUAGGUGACGAUACAGAUACAACAGCAGCUAUCUACGGUCAGUUGGCUGGAGCUCACUACGUACUUAGUAAAUGUGAAGAUAAUAAUGAAAAAACUGCACAAUUAAAUUUUCGAUAUGUUUCAGCGUUAGGUCCCAAUGUUAUUGGAAAUAUCUUAUGGAUUGUUUAUGCAUCUGUUUCAGAAAUUGAUUUAUAA